ACAACACACACGCGCCGCUGGAGAACACCCCAAAACGUCGAGCGGAGAGUCCCAAAACCCCGGAGCACGGAUACGUCGUGCGACGGCGACGACGACGACCACGUCGACCCUUGCGCGGCGGACUUGAAUCCGAUGCGUGACGCCGUCGAACUCAGCCUGCAGAGCUGCCGGGCCGCCGUGGCUGGCGGUGCCCCCCGCUACGUCAGCCCAGUCCAGGGCUUCACCGGAGGGCCCGUGAGACAGCAGCAGCGUGGCGCAAACGGCGCCCCCACGCUGGCGUCGUACGACCGCCACGAAGACGUGUCGCAUUCGCAGCAGAACGCCAGGACCUACCAGGAGCCCGGGAGGUCCAAGUCCAAGUCUUCGUCGUCGGGUAAGUCGAGGCCCAAGGAGAGCCAGUCGUCAGGCAAGAGCACCGCGAACGGGGGCAGUGUAGACGGCAAGACACCCCCGGUGAAGCCGCCGUACUCCUACAUCGCGCUCAUCACCAUGGCGAUUCUUCAGAGUCCGGAGAAGCGGUUGACGUUGUCUGGCAUUUGCGAGUUUAUCCGGAACCGUUUUCCUUUCUACCGGGACAAGUACCCAAUGUGGCAGAACUCCAUCCGGCACAACCUGUCUCUCAACGACUGCUUCGUGAAGAUUCCGCGGGAGCCUGGCAACCCCGGCAAGGGGAACUACUGGACCCUGGACCCGGCGAGUGAGGACAUGUUCGACAACGGGAGCUUCUUGCGGCGGCGGAAAAGAUAUAAGCGGACGCCACCUGACCCCGUCGCCGACGGCUUUUUCUUCGGGGACUUGCUGAGACACCAUCCGUUGUUCCCGGCGGCCGGGCUGGUGCCCCCGCUGCCGUACCAGCAACAUCAACAGUUCCUGCCACUACCGCUGCACCCGGCACUCCACGUCCUGCCGCCCAUGGUACCGCCUGCAGUGCCACCGCCGUUGGUGCUUGCAGAACGCCGGAAGUCCCCGCUGACUCCGACCAGCUUCAGUAUUGACAGCAUAAUCGGAGACAAGCUGAACGCUCAACAGCAGCAGCAACAGCAACGGCUUCAGGACGCUGGCGUCCUCGCAGGCUUCUGCAGACCUUGUCUUCAACAGCCAUGGCCUCCACGAUGAUGACAAUGAUGAUGAUGAUUGCGAGUUGCACGUCCUGAUGGCAUCGUUGAAGGUCCAAGAUGGCAGAACCGACUCCGCGGACGUCGACCAACAAGCGAGUCAUCGACAAGCAAGGUAGUGUCUCAAAGGGUGUCCUCAUAAGCGUGGACUUCUUUUGAUGGCAUGACUUGCCCCGCUGCGCGGAUCGCUCGAGCAACGACGGUUACCAAGGUAGUGACACCGGUGUGUAAUCAUCAUGGCCCCUCCUCGAUGACUUGUUCCUGGCCAUUGAACGUCGCUUGGUGACACAUAACAUUGCGGAGGUACUGGAGCGACAUGACAGUGUGCCAUUUGACGGACAAGUAUGCAGCUUAGAUCGUGAUGACGACAGUCAACCGGGGUCGUUCCAAAGGACAUCUCUUGAACGCCGUGCGUCCAUACGUUCCAUGGAAGAUCUGAAGAGUAAGUGUUCAUCCUGAACCGCGGGUGAUAUCUGCGCCUGGACAUGGCGACAUCGAUCAGUGGUGUCUGUCAUCCUCCGCCCGCAGCGCAUGUGGUCCAUGCUUACUGCAGCAUCAUCUAUGCUUAGGGUAUAUGCAGUCAGAUGCCAACUUUGGUUCCGAAUGUGGAGUUUAUUUCAGAGGCAUGUGGUCAAUUCCAAACUCUUGAGACCUCGACACUCAUGUAAAUUACCUGGACACUUGAUGAAGUUUACUUUUUGUUAACUUAAGUCUUGAGUUGUUUUUCUUCGCCCGAUGCAUGGUCACUGAAUCUCUCUGAUGGUACGAUCGGUCUUUAGAUACAACAGUCAUAUAGUUUCGGAGAAUGUUUAGCCAGUGGAAAGGCUCAUGUACUUUUUUAACAUUAUAGCUACUAAAUGGCACACCCAGCGGCGCGGCUGGCACGCGCAAUUCUCUUCACCGGGGUCGUAAGAGACCUUGCAUGACUGAUCUGAUCGCGUGCACUUUCUCGGCCCAAAUUGAGGACCAUAAUAAAACUAGCCAGUGCCAUACACGUUCUUGUGGCGCGAUUAUUUUAUUUAUAGUAUUAUUUUAUUGCAUCCAUAUUGUUUCUUUUUGGCAGGUCGUAUCAGAAAUGAAUUGAAAGGAUGUGUCGGAGUGUUGCCGGGACGUUGUGCCAAUUGUUCCUAUGUUUGUUAGUUUGCUUGUUUCGCCUACGUGAAAAGAAAGAGAGAGAAAAAAAAUCCUGUUAAUCGCCGAUUUAGCAAUGAGUCUCUAUUUCGCGGUUCAUGCACUUCUGGUCGGGCCUGCGUGAAGCUACAAUUCGAACUUAGACGUCGUGUUAAGAAAUCUGUCACUGAAUUGUAACAGUCUGUGUUUCCGAUUGUUUAUUUAAAAGCGUACGACACAAAA